UCAAAAUUAGCUCAUUUUGCAGCACUUGUUCUAGUCCCCUAAUUCUGGGCCACAUCCCCUCCCCUGUCUCGCCGCCUCGCCGCCGCAACUCGCCUCACGGGCACCGCCACCUUCUGCUUACUAGGGGGGUGCAGGGGGAGUCCCCGAGCGGAGCGAUGUCGGCGACGCCGCUGCCCCCGCUGGGGCAGCCGCCUCCGCCCCCGGGGACCGACGGCGCGGGCGGGCUCCCGCCCCCGCCGGGCACGGACAUGACGGGGAUCUGCUUCCGCGACCAGCUGUGGCUCAACAGCUACCCGCUCGACCGCAACCUCGUCUUCGACUACUUCGCUAUCUCCCCCUUCUACGACAUCACCUGCAACAACGAGUCCCUCCGCUCGCGACAAAUCCACCCCCUCGACAUGUCCCACCUCACGAAGAUGACCGGGAUGGAGUACGUGCUGAGUGAGGUGAUGGAGCCGCACCUGUUCGUGAUCCGGAAGCAGAAGCGGGAGAGCCCCGAGAAAUCAAGCGCCAUGCUCGCGUACUACAUCCUUGACGGCUCCAUCUACCAGGCGCCACAGCUCUGCAACGUCUUCGCCUCACGCAUAAGUAGGGCUAUGCAUCAUAUAUCAAAAGCCUUCACUGUGGCAUGCUCAAAGUUGGAGAAGAUCGGGAAUGUGGAAACCGAGUCUGAUGCAGCAGCCUCUGAAUCAAAGACACAAAAGGAAGCAAUCGACCUGAAGGAACUUAAAAGAAUUGAUCAUAUCCUCUCAUCCUUGAAACGGAAGAUAGGCGCUGCCCCUCCCCCUCCACCUUAUCCUGAGGGCUAUGUUCCGCCAUCAGCAGAACAAGAGAAAGCACCAGAUGAUGUACUUGCAUCAGAGGCACCGCCUCAACUUGACCCUAUCAUUGAUCAAGGCCCCGCAAAAAGACCAAGAUUCCAAUGAAUGAUCUGUAGCUUUAAUACAGCUGACUCAAGAACUGCCUGUAUGCUUUAAAGUCGCAGAUGUGGACUUUGAAUUCAGUCAUCAUGGUUAUUUAAGGGCGAAUGACAGAACUAACCCCCUUACAGGAUACUCUAGGCCUGUUUGGCAGAGCUCCGGCUCCUUCAAAAACAGCUCCGACUCCGACUCCUUUAGUGGAGCGGCUUUUUUGGUGGAGUUGAAGUCAUUUUAGAAAACGUUUGGCAAAACGGCUUCACUUAUUGGAUUGAAGUUGUAAAAUAUCUAAACUACCCUUCCCUAUAUUUUU